UUCCAUGUGCAAGGUGCGCGAAACAAACACCGGGCAGACAGCAUCAGUAUCAGACAGCAAAGAAGUUCACCUCUUGUUUGGAAUUUUGCCAUGCCCAUUCCAUGUGAAAUCUAGCUAGAGUGACUUUAUUUACGUUCGAAGUGUAAUAACAUUGUUUGUCAGAGAGACAGCGAAUGAAGACGGUAUCGUUUCCGAGGAGUUUUCGAUUCCUUACGUGUCUUUUCUGAAAUCAUCUUUCAAGUGUUCCAUCCCAGCAGAAGAUUCUUCGUCUAAUACCUAUUCCAUUAUGGCAGGAGCUAACCCCGUAGCUACAGCAUCGCCCGGUGCUGCUAAAAAUUGCUUACUAAAAACCAUCCCUGAUGUAGAAAUCGACACGGGCAAGUUCAAAUACAUUCUAGUGAAGGUCCACGACCCAGCCCCCGAGAAAAGCAGGGAAUACAAACAUAUUGUUCGUGGAUCCUCAAAAGCUUCGUAUCACGCUGACAUAUAUGAAUCUGUGGAGCCCAUCAUUGAAGACAAAGGUUUGGAUUGUGAAUGUGUGGGAGGUGGACGGAUAGAACAUGAUGCUAACUCCAAGAAAAUAAAGAUAUACGGAUAUUCACAGGCAUAUGGAAAAGCUGAUCACUCUGUUACCUUCUUAAUGCUUCAAAAGAAGUUUGGGAGUCACUAUAACAUCACAUUCAACAACGAUGGCUAUUAGAGGGUACACGUCUUAUUCCGCAUUUUUGACCGAUACUGGAUGUGUUCAAAUCAUAGACAAAGAAAUUACUACUGGGAGCACUCGGCAUUAAUGGAGUUGAUGAAGUUGGAAUACCACUCAGCAUUAUGGGAGAAGUUUACUGUUGGAAUAUAUGACGUUAUACUACUGAAGCUUUAAUUUAGACAAUGAAAUAUUGGAUUUACGUAAGAUUGAUGAUGAAUUGAUUAUUGAAAUACUUGCAUCAUGUGACCAUACGGAAUUACAGUGGAUACACCAUGUAACCAUGGUUACCAAAUUACUUAAGUCUAAUUAAUGAGUUACAUCAUGUUACCAUGGUUUCCUACAGUAGGAGAUAUUGUUUACAUCAGGUGACCAUAAGUGUUGUCAUGGUUACCUCACGCUACUAUAUAUGGCUCCUAAAUGAAAGAUGUAGACAUUUGAUAGGAAUGGGAAAGUAAAUUUUGGCCAAAACAAACUGAUUAGAAUUUUGAUAAUUAUUUUUUUCUUUAAUUUAUUGGUCUAUCGAUUAAUGUCUUAAGCAUCAUAAUAAUUUUAAGUCAUUCACACAAGUACUACAUUAGCAAAAUUUUUUAAUAUGACUCAAGGUUCCUCUGUGGCAUUUCAGUGUUGUUAUGCCUUUUUUUCAAAACCAAAUUCAUAAGAAUUUAAUUAUAGUAUGUUGUAUAAAUCUGGCUAUUACUUAUAUGUGUUUAAUGAUGUUUUAUCACAUUAAUCCAAAUGUCAAAAAAGUCAUGAUUUUGAUUAGCUUUGAUAUAAGGUGCCUCUUUAUCUUUGUCAAAUAGGAGACAAUCGUUUAAUGUACAAAAUAAGUUGUCACUUGUGGUUGGUUGUUAAUGACUAUUUUCUGAUAUCUUUGCCAAGAGUUUUAGUACAUAAGAAAAUGCUGAUUUUUGUUGAUAAGUAUUUUAGUAUAUUUAAUAUUUAUAGUUUAAAAUGAACGGUAAUUAUCUGAAAUGGUUGUAGUUACCAUUUUAUUUGAGUGUGGUGAAUGAGUCUUCGGUAAAAACGUGCCUUCAUAUUUUGUUUUCAAGUUUCCAUGAUUAACAUUUUCCCAAUGUUUAUUUUAAAAGCUGGCAUUGUAGCGCUAUUCCGUUCUAUAUCAUUAACUCAGUGAAUAUGUAAUUAAUUUCGAACAAAGUCACAUACCAUUGUACAUAUAUAUAUGAACUGCACCAGUUUCCAAUUACAACAAAACUUUGCGAAUGCAGGCAUAAAUUCCAGCUUCAAAAAUAUAGAAAAAAUCCUUUUUUCGUAUACAUGUAUUAUUCGAACAUCAUUAUUUUUCCAGAAUACGGAAUGGCACAACAUUGAAUGUACAGUUGUAUUGGUACCCGUUAGCGCACAAAUCGUCUCCGUACCAAUUAACACCUUACUGAUUAAUUUAAAGUGUAAUUAUAAUGUACAGAUAUUUGGAUUCUAUUGUAGUUGAUACCCUAUUGUAAAUGUACGUUUGUUAAUCAAUGUAGAAAAAAGGUUGAAUGAGCAAGUUUAUCCAGAUCUGUGAUGGCAGAACAUUGUAUAUAUGGAGUAUUGUUUGAAAAAGUAAAUUGGGAUUUCACAUAAUCUGAAUCUGGAAUACUUCACUCAAAUCAGGAUAUUUUUGCUGAUUUGAUACAAAUUCAACAUACAAAGUAUUGCUUCCUUUUGAAAACAAUAAACUAUAUAUAUGAUAAUGUUAUCAUCAAUUUGUCUAGAAAUGAUGCAACAUUUUGGCCGUCCAUUUGAAAUAGCUUGCACUCUGUGUAUGUGGAAUGGCCGUCCAUUUUGUGGGAACUUGAAAGCGACAACAUAAUAUUUUCAUUGUAUGUGUUGGAAAAAAUAAAUUAUGUUGUAUCUAG